AUGAUUAGAAUAUCGACAAAGUCCAUCAGCAGAUGCUGCUACCAGCUGAAAAGCGUUGUUCCACAAAAGAGAACGCUGGCGUAUAUCACCGGGACACACAAGCACAUCAAGCGUAGCAUGAUUUUCCAGCAGGGAUACUUUCCAAACACUUCGCCUUCGUCGUAUAUCAAGCACCCAGCCAGCUCCUCUGGGUCUACAUCAACAAACACUUCCACCUAUCCUUCAUCAUACAGUAGCUCUAGAAGCACUACCACUGCAUCCACAACCGGCUCGUUCUCUGAGUCUGCAGCUUCUGCUGCGGCCUCUGCGCCAAAUUCGCGCAGAAAGCCCACGCUAGGAAGUGAGGUGGAGGACCCUACCACCAUUACAAACCCCAUCAAGUCCGAGAGUGGUGACGUGCUGCGGAUCAAGAUUACACAACGGGCAGCCAACAAACUGAAUGAGAUUAAAGAGGCCGACAAAAAUGCUGACCAGAUUUUGCGCAUUUUGGUGGAGAGCGGCGGGUGCCACGGAUACCAGUAUGUGCUUGGGCUUAAGAGUACAAGUACAAUUGAUCCUGAUGAGGACUGCAUUUUUGACCGCGAUGGCGCAAAGUUUGUUGUCGAUUCAACUUCGCUCCAGAUCCUAAGAGAUUCUACCAUUGAUUAUACUACAGAGCUGAUUGGAAGUCAGUUUAAGGUUAUCAACAGUCCCUACGCCACAUCUAGUUGCGGAUGCGGGUCCAGCUUUGACUUUGAUCCUUCGGCAAUUCCAAAGUAA